GCUGAGCUCAGAAAGGAACAGAAGGCUUGAAGAAAGUGACCGAAGGGCUGAUGUAUGGUUCUCAGAGAGGAGAACAGAACAGUGAGAGCUGUUUUUAGUGUUUUUCACAGAGGAAGAGUAGACCAAAGACAAAACAUCCCUCCAAAAUGCUUUGCCAUGUAACUCGACCGGAUUCGGUGGUAAUGGAGAUUGAAGUAGACGCGAAGGCAAACGGAGAAGACUGCCUGAACAAGGUAUGUCAGAAGUUGGGAAUCAUAGAAAUUGAUUACUUCGGGCUGCAGUUUUCUGGCAGCAAGGGAGAAAACCUGUGGCUGAACCUGAGGAACAGAAUCUCCCAACAGAUGGACAAUCUCACACCCUGCAGACUACGACUCCGAGUGAAGUUCUUUGUGGAGCCUCAUCUUAUUUUGCAGGAACAGACGAGACACUUGUUUUUUAUGCAUGUGAAAGAAGAUCUUCAUCGUGGACAUCUGCGGAUGUGCUCUGAACAAGCCGAAGAGCUCAGCGCCCUUCUCGCCCAGGCAGAGUUUGGUGACUACAACCAGAACACAGCCAAGUAUUGGUACACUGAAUUGUGUGGCCAAGAGCCCAACCAAGCAACCAUCAACAGUAUCAUAGCCAAGCACAAGGCUCUGGAGGGUCUGAGUCAGGGCUCUGUGGAGUAUCAGGCCCUGCAGCUGGUCGCAUCACUGGAUCAUUAUGGAGUGGAGUGGCACUGGGCGCGGGACGCAGAGGGACAGAGGUUGGCGAUUGGAGUGGGGCCAGAGGGUAUCGCUAUUUGCCGAGAUGACUUCACCUUAGUUAACAGGAUAUCCUAUCCCAUAAUACAAAUUGCCACGCAAUCAGGGAAAAGUGUGUACUUAACAGUCACCAAGGAAACCAGUGACAGUGUGGUCCAGCUGUUCAAGUUGAUCAGUAAUCGGGCAGCCAGUGGACUGUACCGGGCGAUCACAGAGACGCAUGCCUUUUACAGAUGUGACACUGUGACCAAUGCAGUAAUGAUGCAAUAUAGCAGAGAUUUCAAGGGUCAUCUGGCUUCACUUUUCCUUAAUGAGAAUAUCAACCUGGGCAAGAAGUAUGUAUUCGACAUCCGCCGCACCUCCAAGGAAGUUUACGACUACGCCAGGCGUUCGCUCUACAAUGCUGGUAUCGUGGACAUUAUGUCCAGGCCAGGCGAGUGCACCCCUUCAUCGCGCUCGCCCUCACGUGACCAGGAGGGGGUACUGGACUGUGGGGGCUGCCAGCAGAGCCGCCUGCUGCAGGAGAAGCUGCAGAAACUGCGGGAGGCGCUGCUGUGCAUGCUGUGCUGCGAGGAGGAGAUUGAUGCCGCAUUUUGUCCCUGCGGUCACAUGGUCUGCUGCCAAAACUGUGCUGCACAGCUGCAGUCAUGUCCAGUGUGUCGGUCAGAUGUGGAACACGUCCAGCAUGUCUACUUGCCCACAUGCACCAGUCUGCUCAACCUGACCAUCACUGGUGGCAAUAGCCCUGAACCCAUCCACCGCGGAAUGGCGGCCCACACCUGCACUACCAAUGACUACUCAACCAGUGAGAAGAUCUACCAAAACUAAGCUUGCCUACCGGUCCUCCAUGAGACUUCUAUUUAAUUUGACUUAGUGGCCGACUAAGAGUCCACACGUCAUUAUGGUUGAGUCACAGGGAAAUGUUGUUUUUGGAACCAUUGACGGACCCUGGUCUUUAAUAUUUGUUUGUCAUGUGACUUUGUCUUUUUUUUUUUUUAAUUAAUUGUAUCAGUUGAUCUGAUAAAUAUUUGUUUGUACUUUAAAAAAAUAUAUAAUUUUUUACUUUUCAGUACUCCAUAGCAUGCUGCAAACAUUUGCCUCAUAACCUGCACAAAUCUGUUUUAAGUGACGAGGAAUGAUAUUGUUUAGAUGGUAGCUUUUGUUUUCCUAAUUUAAUUGAGUUUUACAUUGUGCUUUUAAUAUGCAAUAUCCACUUUUCAAUAUGUUCCUUUUGCAGGGGAUUUGAGUUUGUUUUAGGUUUUUUAGGUCUUUGUGGUUUCCAUGCCAAUGACAAGGUAUUUAUGGUGAGGGGCGCCAACCCUCGCAGCACUUUGAGUAGAGAGAACGUUGUCAAACUACUGAUCCUCCGUUUACAUGUUGAUUCACUGCUUCUAUAACCAGCACUCCAAACCCUGAAUGGGCAUUAGUGGAUUGUGUUGCCCAGUGGUUUUUGCUUUCUUAAGCUUUUAUUUCACUAUUAUGGUCAAUCUGUGAUUUGCUUUGAAUUGAAAGGGUACUGAAUUCUCUUAUCAGUGCAAUGCUAACCCUAAGAGAUUAACUUUUUUUAUUAUUGCUUUUUUUGUGUGGAAUUUAUCUGUAGGAAAGUAAAAAAUAAGAUAUAUCUUAUCGCCACUGUCACUUUACUAAGGAGUUUCCUAAGUGUAUUGUUCUUAGGGGUUUGCCUUAAUGUAGCAGCAACACUGUGUGUUUGACAUGCAUUCUUUCUUUGCACAGACUAUUAUUGAAAAAUGAAGAGAAAUAUUUUCUCUUUUUUUUUUUUCAAUUUGUACAAGUAGGAUUUGUUUCUGUUUGUUUGAAGCAAAAACUAUGCGCUGUAAAUAGAGAAAUAACUCAAACUUUUAUAUUUCUUUGAAUGAGCGGUAUUAAUA